UUCUUAGCGCAGCCUCAGAGCUGCUUCCUCUGCUCGCUCUAGCACCGUAAACCCGCGGUAUAUGUGCCCCUCUUCCGCUUCGCGAGACCAGAGGGCCCUGUGCCCUUCUUUAUUAAAGGCGUAGGGAACGGCAUCGGCAACGACCGAAGGCCCAAGACCCCAAAAGUUAGUCUCACAAACAGCAGCGGGACGAAAGGAAAGAAAAAGGUCUGCUUGGGACUUCAUAUUACGCCUGUUUUACCUUGACCCGGAAGUGAUUCUCCACUCCUCCGCCCUCCCAACUCCCAUCACCCCCCACCCACGGUUGAGAAGGAAAGAGAAGGACGGCCAGGUCUGGCCCAGCAUGCCUUGGGCUUCCGGUGACCUCUGGCCCUUUUCUGUCGUCCGCUCUCGCUGCCUAGCGUGGUCGUUCGCUCGCUGCUUUCCGUCCCUGUCUCCCUCCCAUUUUCCUUCGCAAGCUACCUGGUGACUGUGGCGCCCGCGACCAGCAAGGAGGCCGUGGCGGAGGACACUCGUCAUGGCCGCCUCUAAGCCUGUGGAGGCGGCGGCGGUGGUCGCGGCCGCUGCUCCCGGCUCCGGGAGUGGGGUGGGCGGCGGCAGUGCGACUGCGGGCCCGGGCACCGGGGGCCUGCCGCGAUGGCAGCUGGCGCUGGCGGUCGGGGCGCCUUUGCUGCUGGGCGCGGGUGCCAUGUACCUGUGGAGCCGGCAGCGGCGGCGCCGGGAGACCGGGGGCCGAGGCGACGCCGGUGGCCUGAAGCGCAACAGUGAACGGAAGACCCCGGAGGGCAGGGCCAGUCCGGCCCCGGGCAGCGGACACCCCGAGGGCCCCGGUACUCACCUGGAAAUGAACUCUCUUGAUAGAGCCCAAGCAGCCAAGAACAAAGGCAACAAAUAUUUUAAAGCAGGAAAAUAUGAACAAGCUAUUCAGUGCUAUACUGAGGCUAUCAGUUUGUGCCCUACAGAGAAGAAUGUUGACCUUUCCACAUUUUAUCAAAACAGAGCUGCUGCCUUUGAGCAGUUGCAAAAAUGGAAAGAGGUGGCACAAGAUUGUACAAAGGCUGUUGAACUUAAUCCCAAAUAUGUGAAAGCUCUCUUUAGACGUGCAAAAGCCCACGAGAAGCUAGACAAUAAGAAGGAAUGUUUAGAAGAUGUCACUGCUGUGUGUAUAUUAGAAGGGUUCCAAAAUCAACAGAGCAUGCUGUUAGCUGAUAAAGUUCUUAAACUUCUUGGAAAAGAGAAAGCCAAAGAAAAAUACAAGAAUCGUGAACCUCUGAUGCCAUCUCCACAGUUUAUCAAAUCUUACUUCAGUUCUUUCACGGAUGAUAUAAUUUCUCAGCCAAUGCUUAAAGGAGAGAAGUCUGAUGAAGAUAAAGACAAAGAAGGGGAGGCUUUAGAAGUGAAAGAAAAUUCUGGAUAUUUAAAGGCCAAACAGUAUAUGGAAGAAGAAAACUAUGAUAAAAUCAUAAGUGAAUGCUCAAAAGAAAUAGAUGCUCAAGGCAAAUACAUGGCAGAAGCAUUAUUACUACGAGCUACUUUCUACCUGCUUAUUGGCAAUGCCAACGCGGCCAAACCAGAUUUAGAUAAGGUCAUCAGCUUGAAAGAAGCUAAUGUGAAGCUUCAAGCAAAUGCUCUCAUCAAAAGAGGCAGCAUGUACAUGCAGCAGCAGCAGCCUUUGCUGUCUACUCAGGACUUUAACAUGGCUGCCGACAUCGACCCUCAGAAUGCAGAUGUUUACCACCACCGAGGACAGCUGAAAAUACUGCUUGAUCAAGUUGAAGAAGCAGUAGCAGAUUUUGAUGAAUGUAUUAGAUUAAGACCUGAGUCUGCUCUGGCACAAGCUCAGAAAUGUUUUGCAUUGUAUCGCCAGGCAUAUACAGGAAACAAUUCUUCACAAAUCCAAGCAGCUAUGAAAGGUUUUGAAGAAGUCAUAAAGAAAUUUCCAAGGUGUGCUGAAGGCUAUGCAUUAUAUGCCCAGGCAUUAACAGAUCAACAACAGUUUGGUAAAGCUGAUGAAAUGUAUGAUAAAUGUAUUAAUUUGGAACCAGAUAAUGCCACAACGUAUGUUCAUAAAGGUUUACUUCAGCUUCAGUGGAAGCAAGAUCUGGAUAGAGGUUUGGAGCUUAUCAGCAAGGCUAUUGAAAUUGACAAUAAAUGUGAUUUUGCAUAUGAAACCAUGGGAACUAUUGAAGUACAAAGAGGAAACAUGGAGAAAGCCAUUGACAUGUUCAACAAAGCUAUUAACCUGGCCAAAUCAGAAAUGGAGAUGGCUCACCUGUACUCACUCUGUGAUGCUGCCCAUGCCCAGACAGAAGUUGCAAAGAAAUAUGGAUUAAAACCACCAACAUUAUAAAAUAUGGGAGAAGGAAAAUGACCCUUUUUAGAAGUUUCCCCCCUCUUCAACUGAACCCUAAAGACACUGUCGUGAACGGUGUUGAAUGGUGGAACUUAGUAUUUCUGUUUGUGCUGUUGUCAUUCGUUACGUGUGUUUCAUGUUUAGGUGUUGUGGGACUGGCUGUUGAAGAAAGUUUGCAGUGUUGCAGCUUUUAUCCCCUGUGCAACAAAAGCUUAGAACCUGUUUAAAGGGAUAUUAAAAUAAAGUUGCAAAGAGUACAAAUGAUAAUUGGCCAUGCAAAUAAAAACUUCGAUUUGUUGCUUUGACUUUUUUUUUUUUUUUGAGUGGGGUGGGAAGGUGACUAUGUCCUGGAUGAUUUUGUCUGUGUGUGUGUGCGUGUGUGUGUGUGUGUGUGUGUAUAUUCUACAGUUUUACAGCAUGUUGGUUUUUAAAUUAACAUAGUAAGUGCUGUAAAAUAGGAUUCUUUUAGAUUUGAUUAAACUCUUUUAGUUUUUUUUUUAAGGAAACAAAGCUUAAGUGGGGAUUUUGUUUUUACGACAGCACAAUAGAGACCCUUUAAACCACUGUCAGCAUACACAAUGUCUCGGAUUCUGCAGGACAUUAGUUGCAGUGGCAACGCUUGAACUUCGACCCCUUUCAAUUCUAAUGGAUAAUGUACAUCGUUUUCAUAUAGUAAAUUAUGCAGAAGCAAGAUUUCUAAUUGAUAUAUGUGCUAGAAGACAGUAUUAAUGGGAGAGUGGACCAGGCAAGAGGUAAGAUGAAAUGGAAAUAUGUUUAUAAUUGCCCUUAGCUAUUUUCUACGGUAGGUACUAUUUAAUAGUGUACUUCUUAAAGAAAAUGCAAAAAAAAAGAAAAUGCAGGUUGGUUGUGUAUAUAAAGACAAAGUAACUGUGAUAAGUAGUUAGCUUAAAAUGUCUAGUGAAGAAAAUGUGGCUAACGGUUCAAAAAGGAAGAAAGUCUCAGAUUCAGAAGCAUAGCAUUUACUGAAGUGACAAGUUGAAUGCUUCUUAACUAUGGCUACAUGUACUUAACGGGAUUUUGAGCCAAUAUUUUCAAAGAUGCUAAGGACGUGUGGCGUGCAUUUUAGUUUUGAACUAACCUUGGUGUCUAAGGCCUGGCUGACUGCCUGUGUCCAGGUCUGCACUAGGGCUACUGACAGCAGAUUUUUGUUUUGUUUUUUUAUUUUACUGUUACCUCACCCUCUUACUUAGAAAUCACUGUUUUUUCCAGUUGUCACUUUUAUAGGUCAUCCUUUUGUUUACAUGCUGGAUAUUUCUGGUGGGGGCAGAGGUAUUCUUAAAGAGUCUCUUAUUUUGAGAUAUUCAAGGUGGGGAGAGGUUUACUUAAGUCUGAGUAUAAUAAAAGAGCAAGCCUUCAGUUGUACUUUUCUGGAAAUGGAAUCUAAUUAGAGUUUACAUUGUUGGGAGUAAAUGAGCAUUUUAACCUCUCUUUAAAAGGGUGCUUUAUCCUAUUGAAACCAAAAAGAUUUUGUCAAAAAUGAUAUCUUUUUAGAAGUUACUAGAAAUGACUCCUAAAGACAGGGUCUGGAAAAUAGGGGGCAAUAAUCGGUGGGGGUAGUUAACAUAAUUUAAGCUGGUUUGGAUAAUGGAAAGUUUGAGAGCUCUGCAUUUUAGUUUUUAAAUUAUGCACCUACUACAAUAAGCCCGGAAUACAGAAAUGUUCUACAGUUCUGAAUAACCUCUGACUUUAAAAAGAAGUUUUUAUUUGCAUGGCUGUAUUUACAUAACACUGAUGUUUUCCUCUCUCUUCUCCCUUCCUACCCCUUGGGGUUCGGUAGAAAACACACAAAGGAAACUGAAGCAUGUACCAUUCAGUACUAUCAUUCCAAAUCCUCAUGGACUAUUGCCUGUUCUUAAAAAUAUUUGAAACUGCACUGAAAGCUGCAUCUGUCUGUAUCUUUUCUUUUGUAAAUGACCUCACAUGUAAAUUCACCAAAUAAAUAUUACAUUAAA